AUGCGCCAUCGGCCGCUGGUGCAGCUCCUUCUGGUAUUCGUGAGCCUGACGUCAGUUCACCUAGGUCUUAGACUUCUCAGAAACGCCGUUCCGACUCUCGACGACUCUCCUGACCUCUAUCCACGGUUUGAAAACGGGAAUUCAGCUUAAAGUUGGGUUUUUUCAGAGAAUUUCUCAAGGAUGCCACUAAACUGAACUCUAGACGAUCCGAAAUUGCAGAAGCUUUUUUCAAAAAAUCAAAAUAUAGUUAUCAUAAGGUUUUUUUUUAAUCUUACAUCUUUAAUACUUUAUUUUGAUUUGUAGAAUGCGGAGGUUGAAGUUAGGAUCGUAGCUUCGGAUAGAGGAUCGGGGUACCUGCUCCAGGUGAGAAUUCACAAUUGAAAAAAAAAACGACAAAAUGACUUUCCUGCAUCUUCGAGGUGAUAAAUUCGGAAAAAUUCAGAAUUUUUUCAAUUUUGUAAUCUUGUGCUGAUCAAGUUGUCGAGUUUUCUUCGGAUUUUACUAAAAAGGAAAAAAAAGCUUUGUAUUACUGGGAAAACUUUUAGUGGCCACUAUGGGGUUUUGACGUUUUAGGAGCCACUAUAGUAGACGAAGUGACCACUCAAGGGGUUAAAAAUUAGUGGCCUCUAUAGAGGUCUAAGUGUUCCUACUAGGCCACUGAAAAUUUGAGUGGCCACUUAAGGGGUCAAUAGAUCAAAGUAACUGGUCCAAUCUGUUUGUUUUAAAAUUAUCAGAGUUACUGGAAGGAAUACUGCAUGAAAAACUACUGAAGUGGCCACUAAAUAGAUAACUUCUAUAGUGGCCUCUAAACGGAAAAUAGUGGCCUCUUUAGUGUCCUCUCCAAGUAGUCCUUAGCCUCUAUAGUGACCACAAAAAAUUUUCCCAGCAGUUUCGAUUUUUUUCCCUCUUGUGGAACAAGAAAUUGCUCACUCUAGGGGUAAAACUUUGAUAGUCCUUAUAAGGAUCUUUAAAUAUUUUUGUUACGAUGUGGAAUUUUAAAAUGGAUACUUGGUCGAUUGACUUUCACUGUCGGCGGUAAGCCUGUGAUCUUUUGUGGUCGCAUUUGGAAUAGCUCGAGCUCGAAUAAGGUCUGAGAAGUGACUUGAAAGGCUUCCCCUUGAAUUGUUAUGUGAAAAAGCGUAACUCGUAUCAAGUUUGAAGCAUCGAGCCAUUCCAAAUGCGGCCAAAUAGGGGACACUUUUUCGAUCUUUAGGGCCCCCUAUAGGGGAAGUAAAGUGGUCCUUAGAGGGGAUCCCUUAAAAGUCUUCAAGUUUGCCCCUAGAGGGACCCCUCUGGCGUUCCUAAGUAAUAAUUUUUUUGAAAAAAAUCUUAAGGAGCUUUUUUCAGACGAUCGCCUUUUUAUUAAACCAACAAGAGGAUGGAAAUUUCAACAUUCGGAUUUGCAACGUCGAAAGUGGCAUUUUUCCGGAUUUGGUUCAGUUUGCGAAGACUUUUCGAAUAGAUAAUGUCGGAGGUAAGUCUUUGAUCUUUUGUGAUCGCAUUUGGAAUGGUUAAAGCUUGAAUAAGGUCUGAGAAUUGACUUGAAAGGCUCCCCCUUAAAUUUUUAUGAUAAAAAGCGUAACUCGUAUCAAGUCGGGCGCGUUUUGAAGCAUCGAGCCAUUCCAAAUGCGGCCAGAGUUAUCUAGUUUCUUUCCGAAGUUCAAAUUCCAGGUGGGAGGAGGAAAAGCUCAGAAUUAGACGGUCAAUUGGCCAAAGAAGCCGAAGAUUAUUGGAAUUGUCUUGCUUUACCAACCAAUUCUAGGUUUUAUCUUGAUUUUUCAAAAAUUCCAUAUUUUUUCAGUUUCAUCCUCCUUAUUGAAGAUGAUUCUCUGGUUGCUCCAAAAUUCCACAGGAUUUUAAAAUCUUUAACAAAUCAACUGGAAGAAUUCAUAGACAUCGAUUUUGUCAAGCUUUAUCACUUGAAUAGGUUGCGGAAAAUCCCAUUUUUUGUUCAGGUGAGGCUUCGAAAUUGUUUUCAAAAAAAUAAAAGGAAAUUUUCAGACAAUUUGCAUGGCGAUUUUGAUAUCUUUUUUGUUAUUUUCGACGGUUUUGCGACAAAUCCAUCCGGUUAUAUUUUUGUUGAUAGUUCCUGUGAUCGCAUAUGAUUUCUAUGGUUACGGUUGUCAGGUGAGCAUUUUUUAGAGCACUGAUUCAAUAUUUAUCAUUCUGAAAAACUUCAGAGCAAUUUGAAAAAUGUUGGAAAAUUUAACUGACUUUGCUGUUUUUUAAAAAGAAUUCACAAUUAAUUUACCAAAAAAAUCAAUGGUUUAGUUUUUAGGUUCAAAAUGUUCUGGUUAAGUAAAUAUAAUUUGAUUCAAAUAUUUGAAAGUUUUUCUGAUUGGCGGUUUUUUUUUUGAAUUAUCUGUAUGGCAGAACAAAUUUCUUUUACAAGGAGAUUCCUCAAAAAGUACAGAAAAUCGAUCAUUUUCUCAAGAACUGGACAAUGAAAUUCGCGUUUCGGUUUUCAUUUUGAAAAAAUCCGUUCAUUCAAGUAUUAGGAAUUCCAAAGUGGCCCUUAGAGGGGUUAGGAAGAAAAAAACAGUAUUUAUAGGGAAGAAUUAGUGCCCCCUAGAGGGCUUAUUUUUGUACCCUUCUAUUCCCCUAAAGUCGCCCCUGCAGGGACCACUCUGGCGCUCCCCAGCAAGCAAAUUACCUGUUUUAAGGCGGUUGUUUAAAAAUGGUAAGAAUUUUUAGAUGGUGCUAAUACUUUCAUUAAUUUAGAAAUAGUUAACUUGGAGCCUUAUUAAAGAAUUUUUAAAUAAUUGCAGUUUCCCGCCGAGUUUCGGUACGCCUUGACGGGCUCCGCCUACAUGUCCCUGAUAGAGUCGUGUUGCACGCCGGCCGUCCUUUUCCGGACGUCAUCUGCCCCAGCGAUGACGUCAUAUUUUAUGCGUCAGAAGGCGUCGGACGGCCACGCCAAAGACCACAUUCUGGAUGAGUCACCGUUCGUCGGCCGUCAGACCGACCUCAACCUCGUUGUCCAUGUCGGGGCUUUCAGUUCGGUUCGACAACAUGCCGUCGUUCUUUCCGACUUGAAUGACAUGCUCAAUCGGGUUUGA